GAGAUGCUGGAGGUGGUCGGCAACGACUACCAGGACGCCUUCCCCGUGAUCUUCGGCCAAGCGUCCAAGUGCAUGUGUCUGGCGUUUGGCGUGGAUGUGAAGGAGGUGGACCCCAGCAACCACUCCUACGUCCUGGUCACCGUCCUGGGCCUCACGUGCGGUGGGAUGCCGAGCGGUGAGCAGGGCAUGCCCAAGACCGGGCUCCUGGUGCUGCUCUUGGGGGUGAUCCUCCUGAAGGGCGACUGUGUCCCCGAGGAGGAGGUGUGGGAAGUGCUGGGGGGCAUGGGGGUGUACGCUGGCAGGGAGCACGUCAUCUACGGGGAACCCAGGGAGCUGCUCACCAAUGUCUGGGUGCAGGAAGGGUACCUGGAGUACCGGCAGGUGCCUGGCAGCGACCCUGCCUGCUACGAGUUCCUGUGGGGUCCCAGGGCCUAUGCUGAAACCAGCAAGUUGCAAGUGCUGGAGUGUUUGCUGCAGGUCAAUCGGAGGCAGCAGCCUUCCUCCCUGGCCCUGUGUGAAGUCUCUGAGCAAUGAGGAAGA